AGGGAGUGGAUAUAUAGCGCUGGAACUGGAAGCUGCUGGGGACUUGUGGUCACCGGAGGAGUAUAAUUUCGAUGAUGUACAUGUCGGUUCCAUACACUUUAGCGAAGAGAUUCGUCUCAAGAUUUUCAACUACUAUACCACCAAGAUGUUACCUUUCUCCGACAGAGUAUGAGGCUGGUGUUGAGAGGUUUGGUAUUUCGAGACAGGCUAGAAGGGAGAGGUCAGCGCGGAUUCUGGGUGAGCCCGUUGUUAGGAUAAUGGAAAACUUCCAUAGGAGGAGAAACUUGAAAGGCUUGCAUGAUUUUGAACAUAGAGUGAACGAUCGCUUUGUUUGUUCGGUUCUUGACAUGGACGCUGACAUAAUUGCCAAGAUUACGUUUUUCAAGUGGGCUGGUAGAUGUGGAAACUUUCAACCUAACCGCUCCACCUACAUGGUCUUUCUACAUUGCCUUGAAGAAGAGGCUAGGAAGCUUGAUCAUGAUUCUGAUGCGACAGAGAGUGUAUACAUCGCUCUCUUGGGAUUACACUUUAAGUUUUGUACGGUUGAGAAAACUUUUGAUCUUCUCGAGGAGAUUAAGAUGAAACAGACCGGUACUUUUUCUACUUUUGCGGAACUGAUACAUGAAUUUCUCAAAGUGGGGAACGUAGAAGAAGCAUAUGGUUUGUAUGAGAACAUUCGUAGAGAUUGGUUGAGGUGUCCUCAUCUCGUCUUCUUACACAAGUUGAUUAACAUUUUGAGCAAAAUAGGUAGAGUUGAGGUGUUAUCAAAGGUCUUCCGAGUGUGGCAGUACAUUGAUGCGUACGAUGCUCUGAUUAAGACUCUAUUUGAGUCCAAUGCACCUGAUUCAGAGGUGAUGUAUUUGUUUGAUCGGAUGAAGGCGGACGGUGUUUCCCCUACUAAAUACACUUACUCAGUCCUUAUAGAUGGCUAUUGUCAAAGAAAUAGAGUGGACAAGGCUCUGUUGCUUCUCGAGGAGAUGGACGAGGGAGGUCUCCCACCUUUUCCUCCAGUGUAUUGCAGCUUCAUAAACACUCUUGGAAAGGCAAGUGAGCUAUCUAAGGAAGAUAAAGAGAAUCUCAGAAAUGUGAUGAUCAAACAUUUCGGAAAACAUGGAAAGCUCAGGGAAGCUGUUGUUGUGGAUCUUCUCAAGGACCAAGGAAGUGGUUUUGAUGUCAAUGCGCUUGUGUCAGGAAUGGUGAAGGCUGGUAUGAUAAGUGAAGCUAAUUUGUUGCUUAGAAAGAUGGAAGAAAAUGGCUUCAUCCUGGAUGUAAAUUCACAUAAUAUCAUCCUCAACGGCUUUGCUAGAGAAGGUGUGCCAAAGCUGGCUAUUGAUAUGUUUGAAGCUAUGAAGCAAUCUGGGAUUAAGCCUGAUGGUAUCAAUUAUAAUACUCUUCUUGGAUGUUUCCUACAUUCUGGAAUGUUUAAGGAGGCUGCAAGAGUGACGAGAGAGAUGAAAGAUGAAGGUUUUGCCAUCACUGACUCAUCAAUACUUGAAGCUGAUGGCAAUGUGGAUCAAAAUCUGCUGCAAUCCAGGUUUCAGGACUCCAUCAUCACAAAGGCUUCACUAGAUGACAUGUGAAGCAGGAUCGAUGAGCAUGAGCUAAAUGCUGAGAUUGGUGUACAAGGCACAGACGAUGAACCUGAGACACCCGCUGGUUCCCCCUAAAAUGGUGGUUCAUGCUCAAGUUAUCAUCAAACUUGGCAAAUUAUGCUGUAUAAUAUUUUUUAGUUUUAGUUAUGAUGAUGAUUUUUCUGUGUAAUAAAGUCUAUUUUGUUUAAGUUUUAGUUUUAGUUUUAAUCAUGCUUAAAAAGAAAAUUUUAUUUUGUAAAAAACUAGCCUUUUUGAUGCUCAUUGUUCGGUUAUAAUAGAUGAUCUGACAUCAGUACGUUCACUCGUAAAAUAAUGAUUUGUUCAGAUGACCAAACACACAACAUCCUGAAAGUAAGUAGCAUAGAGAUUAGGGCUGGGCAAAAAAAAAUCCGAAUCCGAAGAACCGAUCCGGAUCCGAUCCAGAAAAGUAGUAUCAAACUUGAACUGAAAUUGACUAAAUAUCUGAACGGAUUCAAAAUUUUGGCACUUAGAAAAUCAAAACCGAACCCGAUCCGAACCGAAAUAUUUUGGGUACCCGAAUGUAUCCGAAAUAGAUUUAUAUAACUAAAUAUAUUAACUAUUUUUAGAUUUAAUGUAUAUUAAAAUUAUCCAAAAUAUAUAAGAUACUUUUAAGUUGUCCAAACUAUUUGAAAAUAUAUACAAAUAGUCAAAAGUAAAUAUCUAAAAUAGCUAAAGUAUACUCAAAACACCAAAAAUAUUUUAAAUAUCUAUUGAUCUUUUAUCCAAAUAUUCAAACCAACUCAAUUUAUAUGUUAAGUUUAUGUAUUUUGAUAUAUGUUAUUCAAAUUUAUAUGUAAUAUAUUAUUUUGUUUAUAGAUUUUGAAAAAUUUAGAGUAUAUAAUAAAUUUUAAAAUUUUAAAAAUAAUUUAAAUGGGUUAUCCGAUCCCGAACCGAACCCUCAAAGAUCCGAACUGAAUCCAAAUCGAAAUUUAGAAAUACCUGAAUGUGCCUAAAAUCUUUAACCCCGAAAAUUCAAAAUGCCAAUAGAUCUAAACCGAACCUGAAUGGGUACCCGAACGCUCACCCUUAAAAUGUUAGAAUCUUGUUUUGUGUUAAUAUUUAAAAUUAAGAAAUUGUGCUCUUUGUUUCUUGUUUUAUGACUAAAAAUUGUGCUCUUUGUUCUGUCUCUGGUUUCUCUUGUAUACAAAUCAAUAAAAGUUAGCUUGUUGAAUAACAUAAUUUUUUGGUCUAAGUCGAACAACAUAAUUGUACACCAUUAGAUGCUGAAUUGCUUCAAAUGCAAAAAUGUUGAAUAUAUUAUAUUUAUUUUUUUGGUAAAAAAGAUGUCAGAAGCUAUCCAUUUCGAAGCUCUUUUUUAUUCAACAUCGAUUUUGGAACAUUCACAUACGAUGGUUUUGGGUUCCUCGUAUUAAGUUACACAUUUAUUUGAUCAUCCGAUUUGAUGUGUGCGUUUUAAAGCUUGCUGGUUCUGCAUAAAAAGCUGAAACAUUUGUGUUUGGUGAUAUGGACCUAAUUUAAUAUUUGCCCUUCUGUCGAACACCAAUUCAGCUUCACAAGAUCCCGGGCUGUAGCUGGGUUGAUGUUUAAUUGACAGAGUAAUCUUGGAAGUCAGGCAUUGUUGAAGGAGACAUUGUUUCAGGUAUUGGAUUUGCAUAUGCUUUAAUUAACAGUAAUCAUCUCUGGCCAUGAUUCUGAAAUAUUAUUAGACAGAAGAUUAGAUGGUUCAGUGUCUGUAGUAACAAGAGACACAGCUGUAAAAGAAUUCAACAAUGAUCCAGACAUAAGUGGUGAAUUCGAUGUUGCAUGUUUUAUCCGCUCUAAGUGAACUAACUAAUGCAAGGUUCUUAUAUCGUAGCAGGUGCAGGUGAUGCUGAUAUCACUUAAAGCUGGAAACCUCGGAUUGUAUAUGCAAACGAUAACAUGUGAUGGUGACCGGGUUUUAGUAUCCGUGGGAUCUUGUGUUCUGGCCAGUCUUCUUCUCGGGAAGGAUCCUUACAUCAUGAAUCUAGGUAAUAGCAGAGCUGUGCUAAGUGACCUACAACGGUAAUAGGAAGCUGCAAGCUGUUCAGCUCACAGGGAAUCACACUGUUCAUAACGAAAUCGAAGAAGCUAGGCUCUUGAGUGAACAUCUUGAUGAUCCCAAGAUCGUUAUUGGUAAGGAAAACUUAAAAGUUACUUGUACUCUAGGAGUUGGUUAAUUACUUGAAAAAGAAUGUAUUGUUAUCUGAUACAGUUUACGUAUUAGAUCCGGUAAAACAGAGAAAUAGAUAACAAGGAUGAUAAACUGAUUAUGUUUUGAUUACUGAAAUGAUAAAGAAAAUACAAGUUUAGAGAGGUUUAACCGGAAUCUCUCAAUCUCUCCAUGAACAUGAUGAUCAAACAACUUGAUACUAAAGCCUUACAACCCUACACAGUAUUUAUACUCUCAAGCUACUCGUUCUUUCCACGCACAUACUAUGUGAGCUGCAAGCAGAGCACCCCAUGUGCACCUCCCACAUCACACACACACAUUCUUCAUGAGCCAACACCCCAUGUGCAAUUGUCGCUGAGUCAGCAUGAUCCCUUAUUCUUCUAGAGACUGCCCUUUGAAGAACCAACCUUCCCUUGGCCAAAACGAGCGGUGCGAGGCUUCCUAUUCAGCUUGGGCCUUCCUCCUCUUGUAUUGAUAGAGCAUCGGUGGAUAGUAAGCCUCAUACGUAUCAUUAUCAUGGUGAUUUGAGAGUAUCAUCAUCAUAGCUUUUGUCUCAUGAUUGAUUUUUCAAAGGGCUAAUACGUUGAAGGAGAAACUGAAGGAUGUUGGAAUUCUCCGGGUUCGUAACCUUUUGAGCCCACUUAACGUUUCAGUGAAACCAUCAAUGAGAGUUCACGCAAGAUAACGAAGUCAGAUCACUUUGUUAAAGUUGCAAGCGAUGGUUUGUUCGAUUUCUUCAGCAACAAGGAAGGGAUCGAGCUUGUGCAUGGGCAUGGCUUCAUUUCUAUCUACCCUCCUAGCUAGCUUCAUUUCUAGAUACCUUCAUGGUUUGUUCGAUAAAACUGCUGCUUUUUAGUUUGUCUAAGCCUCUGGUUGUUUUUUUUUAGCCUUGGCUUAUUACUUGGUUCGUAACUAGACAUAAUUGGUUUCUGUUAAUUGAUUUAAGUACUAUUGGAAUAAAUUUUGAACUUAGAGCUUUACUUCUCGCGUGUUUAUGAAUAUUCAUAUUACAUAAUGUAAGGUGGGAGUAUUUAAACUUCAAUAUCUGAGAAAAAGAAUGUCUCCACCUGAGGGGCUCUUGAACCAAGACCACAAUGUUACGAGCCUUGUGCUCUACCAACUGAUCUACACAGUCCAGUAUUUGGGGAUCCCCCUUGACUUCUAAGAAGCUCUCAAUGAGUGAUUGCCAGCCCUUCAUUUCGAUUGCGAAAGUGAGCCCUUCAUUUCGAUUGGGAAAGUGAGCCGAUACACUUAAUUGACGACAUGAACAACGUAAUAGUAUAGACAAUGCUAAUGAACAACGUAAAAGGAUUACUAAUGUAUCAAUGUCUCUGAUAAAUUGAAAUGUUGGUUUCUUAGGUUUUACCAGUUUGGUAUGAAGAUCUUGAGCUAUAUGAUAUAAACACCAACCUGUUAUAUUAGUAAGGGUUUUACGACACUAUGAAAGAACAUAAUCAAUAUGCAUUAAUAAAUAAUUUCAUUAGAUUCACUAUUUACCUUUAUAUCAUUUUAAUACGAAGAACAAGAAAUCCGCACUUAAAUUUUUUCAUAUGCUAGUUACAUAAUCAAUAUGCAUUAAUAAAUAAUUUCAUUAAGUUCACUAUUCACUGUUAUAUCAUUUUAUUGGUUAAAAAACUCAUAAAAAUUUAAUUCAAUAGCGUUUCCUCAAACACAGUUGAGAUCUUAAAGUAUCUAUGAUCUAGAAUUUGAAUGAUCAAAUUAAAAACUAGCAUAAAAUAGUAUAAAUGAAAGAUCUAAGAAAAUGUAACAUAAAGGAUUAUCAUCAAACAUCAAAUCAUCCUACUAUAACCUAAUCAUGAUCAAACUAAAUAUUAGAUCCUAAACACCAUGACUUGCGGAGAAAUAGUCAUAAACAUAAUAAAAAUAGAUACAUAAAUAAAUAAAUAAAAAGAGAGAGAGAUGAUGAAGACACAAUCA